CGUCAUUUGCCGUAUCUCGUUGUCCUUCCCCUUUCGCCACUUCGCCCUGCCCUGCUCCAAAUGGCGCCUCUCCCCGAUCUCUUCUCUGCAACCACAUCUCAGCUUCUGCUAAUAUGAACCACAUUCCCCACCUGAAAUUCUCCUCCUCUUCUUCUCCCAUGGCUGUCUGAUUCUAUCCCCCUUUAAAACUGCCUUCGUUUUUUGUGUUCUGCUCGGGGCUCGAUGAGGUUUCUAAUUGACUUCAUCUCUUGCUGUGGGAGCGCCGACUGUGAAAGUUCGAGCAUGAGAGAGGUUUCUUCUUCGACGAUGGGAAGGAGGGGAAUUCAGUCGGAGGAGACCAGAGCGUUGGUUACUGGGUCUACCACGGCGGCCAUGGCGGCGGUUGUUUCUUCCUCCAAUUCGCCUCGUGGGGGCCGCCGCCGAGUGAGGAAAAGGAGCAGAACGGGGUCAGGGGCAAGGCCGGGGUCCGAAGCAGAGUGGAAGCCGUCUCUGGCGGCAAUUUCGGAGGACAAAGCGGCGGCGGCGGCAGAGGAGAAAGCGAGGAGAGAGAAGGAGAGGGCUGUGAAGAGGAAAGGCAGCAAUCGAUCACGAGAUUCAUCUUCUUUUUACGGCGAGGAUUACAGGCGAAGCGGUAAUCAGUUCGCCGGCGCUUUCCCCGGAUUCCCGGCAGCGCCGUUCAUGAUUUAGGGGCCAAAUUUAUGAUUUAUGAAGGUGGGUUGUGAUUGGUGGGCAGAUGUUUAGCUGUAAAUCCAAUAAAAUUUCAAUUUAUUGCUUCAAGUUACUGUCUUGUGAAUAUUCUGCUCGUCCUUUUGUAUCUCCAACUACCAACUGUGGGAAGUAGAAGAUAUGAUAUCAAACCUUGAAACAUGCUCUGUUUCUUGUCGUCGCACGGCAGAGGGCUACUCUGUUUUCGCCUUCUUCGCAAUACGCCAAUCAGCUACUUUGUAACUAACCGGGCCUGACUUGCCAUUU